UCUGGGCGGGAACAAAAACUUUGGACUCGGGAGCGGAUAAUAAAUAUAUCUGAACAAAGAGACAAAUGUUUCCUCUCUUGUUUUUGGCCUACGUCGUGGCUGUCAAGGUUUUCAAGAAAACCACCCCGAAUGGGAAGGUCACCGUCUACCUCGGCAAACGAGAUUUCAUAGAUCAUCUCGAUCAUUGUGAACCUAUCGAUGGCGUAGUUGUAGUUGAAAAUGAUUAUCUCCAGGGUCGCAGAGUUUACGGUCAGAUCAUCACGACCUACCGCUAUGGACGCGAGGAGGACGAGGUCAUGGGCGUCAAGUUCAGCAAGGAGAUGGUGCUCCUCCGGGAGCAGAUCGUCCCCGUGAAGAAGGAGAAGCAGGAAGCAACUCCAAUCCAGGAGCGCCUCCUCAAGAAACUCGGGCCCAAUGCCUUCCCCUUCACCUUCCAAUUCCCCCAGAACUCCCCCAGCUCAGUGACCCUCCAGCCCGGUGAGGACGACCAGGGCAAGCCCUUAGGUGUCGAGUACACUCUCAAGGUGUUCGUCGGGGAGAAUGAGGAGGAGAAAACUCACAAGCGAUCGACCAUUGCCCUUGCCAUCAAGAAACUCCAGUUCGCCCCCAUCUCACGCGGACGUAGACUCCCCAGCUCCCUUGUCUCCAAGGGCUUCACUUUCUCACAGGGUAAACUCAACUUGGAGGUGACCCUUGAUAAGGAGAUCUAUUAUCAUGGUGAGAAAAUCGCUGCCAAUGUUGUCAUCACUAACAACUCCCGCAAAGCUGUGAAGAACAUCAAGAUGUUUGUUGUCCAACACUGCGAAGUCACAAUGGUAAACACCCAGUUCUCUCGCCACGUAGCGAGUCUGGAGACACGAGAGGGCUGCCCCAUCACCCCCGGUGCCAACUUCACCAAGCAAUUCUACCUCGUGCCCCUCGCCAGCAGCAACAAGGACCGCCGUGGCAUCGCCCUCGAUGGACACCUCAGGGACGACGACGUCAACCUCGCUUCGUCCACCCUCGUUGCUGAGGGCAAAUGCCCAGCUGAGGCCAUGGGUAUCAUCAUCUCCUACUCCGUGAGAGUGAAACUCAACUGCGGAACACUCGGAGGAGAACUCGUGACUGAUGUGCCACUGAAACUCAUGCACCCAGCGCCUGGUGCCGUUGAACGUGAGAAGGCUCAGAUCAAAAAGAUGAAGAGCGUGGAUCGUGCACGCUACGAGAACUCGUGCUACGCCAACGACGACGACGACAACAUCGUCUUCGAGGACUUUGCUCGUCUCCGUCUGAACGAGCCCGAGUAACCAGACAACACGAUUGAUAAUAAACAUGAUUAAAUGAUAAAAAAACGGGUCAGAGACACCUGAUUACUCUGAAAGGACGGGAUGAAAUGACUGUUCAUCUCUCGUCCUCAGCAUCCAGAGGCCUUUUCCAUUCAUCGAGGAAUUAAAGUAUUAAAUAUAAUUAUCAGGAUUGUAUUAUCUUCAUGGUGCUGUUAAUUAAAUUGCCACUGGAGUCCUCUCAGAGUAAUCAGCUGCCACAAUAGCAGAUAAAACGCGUGAACAGUGAAAGGUAAACAAAAUUUGAAAAUUAAGAAAAAAUUAAUGAAAUAAGUGCUCUGGAUUUUCGAUUAGUAAUUAUGGAAAAGGUAUUCAAUUAAGAACAAAAAUUACGGAAAAACUACAAAAAAGAAGAAAAAAAAUAGUAAAACUAGAAAUAAAAAUAAUAUUUAAUCGUCUCUGAAUUUUCAUUCGAUGGUGGUGGUCGAAUGGAAAUUCCACUGACUAAUGAGACGAUGAAAAAAAAAAAAAAUACACUGAAGUGAGCUUAAGUAUUGUACCCCCUUUUAAGUUUUAAAAUAACUUUUCCCGUUUUUCCAGAAGUGACUAUUAUUCUUUCUUAAUUUAAUUCAUUUCAUAUUUAAUGGAUAUUUAUUCAAUUUAUUUAUGAAAAAAUGAAUACUAUGUUGAUGCCUUGUAUUGUUGAAUUAAAUGUUAUCUGUUAGAAAGAGAAAAAAAUAUAAAAGACCAAUCAAAAAAAGACUAGUUUAUCCUCAUGCAUUGAACUAGUUAUUUUUCGCAGAAUCCAAACCUCUGGGGAUCAGUGAUGAACAGAAUAUUCAGUAAACGUUAUAUUCAAUUUAUUUUGUUUCAUACAAAAAAUGGAUACAUCGGUCGAUCGAUGAAACAUCAAAAAUAUAGAAGUUGGGAUGAAGAAUGAAAGACUUUGAAUCUUGGGGAGGAGAAUUAGUCGAACAUGUGGGAGUAGUAUUCCUGAUAGGUUUGGAUGUAUGCCUCUUUCUCAGCUGGUGUCAUGGCAUCUGUCAAUGCCUCGUUGACUUCUGUUAUUGGUACUGUUCUUCCACCGACAAUCACUGUUGGUAUCGCAUCGUCGUCGUCUGAUUCCAUCACUUCGACGUCACCUGGAAUUAUUAUUAAUUAUCUUAUUGGUUAUUCAUAGACACAUGACAUGAAUCCCAAAAAUGAGAAAAUAAUGUCAAAAUAUUCCGGGUAAUUUCCAGAUAUUUCUAGAAUUUUAAAAACUUUUGAAAAAUGUCGAAGAAUUCGAAGAACUGUUUAACGAGAAUUGGAGGUUUAGAUACUAAAUAAUAAAAGUAAUGAAUAUUGAUAAAUCUAAAUGAUUAAGUGGAAAAAUUGAUGAAUAGUGAAUAAAUGAUUACGAAGAUGA